AUGGCGGUUCGGGAAGAUACGAUCCCUGACUAUGAGCUGGUGUCUCCCUAUGAGGUUGACCACAAGGGCAACUACGUGUCCCACGAAAUCGCUCACCCCCAGAGGAGGAAAAGGGCUCUGGCCCAGCUCGGAGUUGACUCUCUGCACCUUCGGCUGAAAGGCUUCAGGCAUGACUUCCACCUGGAUCUGAAAGCCUCCAGCAAGCUGGUGGCACCUGGAUUUCUCAUCCAGACUUUGGGAAAGCAGGGCACGAAGUCGGUGCAGGCUUUCCCACCUGAGGAUUUCUGUUUUUAUCAAGGCUCCUUGCGAUCCCACAAAAAUUCCUCAGUGGCUCUUUCAACCUGCAAAGGAUUGUCAGGCAUGAUAAGAACCCAGGAAGCGGACUACAUCCUGAAGCCCCUCCCUUCACACCUGGCAGGGAGCCCCAAUGACUCCACGGGGGGCAGGCCUCCCUCCCACAUCCUGUACAAGAGAUCCACUGAGCCACUGGCCGUGGGGCCCCACCGGGUCACGAUGAUAGAGAAAAAGUGGGGGCUGGAAAACCACCAUCUCUUCCACCACGAAGAUCAAUCUCCACACGGCUUCAGCUUCAGGCACCCACAAAAGCAGCAUUUCUGUGGAAGACGCAAGAAAUACAUGCCCAAGCCUCCCAAAGAAGACCUUUUCAUCUUGCCGGAUGAGUAUAAAUCAUGUGUAAGGCAAAAGCGGUCCCUUCUGAAGUCCCAUAGGAAUGAGGAGCUGAAUGUGGAGACGCUGGUUGUGGUUGACAAAAAGAUGAUGCAAAACCAUGGGCACGAAAACAUCACCACCUACGUGCUGACAGUUCUCAACAUGGUGUCUGCUUUAUUCAAAGACGGAACAAUAGGAGGGAACAUCAACAUUGCCAUUGUCGCCCUGAUUCUUCUGGAAGAGGAACAGCCAGGGCUGGUGAUAAGCCACCACGCGGACCACAGCUUGAGCAGCUUCUGCCAGUGGCAGUCCGGACUGACGGGGAGAGAUGGCGCUCGCCAUGACCACGCCAUCUUACUCACCGGCCUGGACAUAUGCUCCUGGAAGAACGAGCCCUGUGACACCCUGGGAUUCGCACCCAUCAGCGGCAUGUGCAGUAAAUACCGCAGCUGUACAAUUAAUGAGGACACAGGUCUCGGACUGGCCUUCACCAUUGCCCACGAGUCUGGACACAACUUCGGCAUGGUCCACGACGGAGAGGGGAACGUGUGCAAGAAGUCGGAAGGCCACAUAAUGUCCCCCACGUUGGCAGGACGCAACGGGGUCUUCUACUGGUCCCCCUGCAGCCGCCAGUACCUGCACAGGUUUUUAAGCACCGCCCAGGCUACCUGCCUUGCCGACCGGCCAAAGCCCGUGAAGGAGUACAGGUAUCCCGAGAAGCUGCCCGGAGAGUUAUACGACGCAAACACGCAGUGCAAGUGGCAAUUUGGAGAGAAAGCCAAGCUCUGCAUGCUGGAUUUCAAAAAGGAUAUCUGUAAAGCCCUGUGGUGCCACCGGAUAGGAAGGAAAUGUGAGACUAAAUUCAUGCCAGCUGCAGAAGGCACUACUUGUGGGCAUGACAUGUGGUGCCGCGGAGGGCAGUGUGUGAAAUACGGGGACGAAGGCCCCAAGCCCACUCACGGUCACUGGUCAGACUGGUCUCCCUGGUCGCCUUGCUCCAGGACCUGCGGAGGAGGGGUGUCACACAGGGACAGGCUCUGCACAAACCCCAGACCAUCGCAUGGAGGCAAGUUUUGUGUGGGCUCCACGCGAACUCUGAAGCUUUGCAACAGUCACACAUGUGCCCACAACGGCGUCGACUUUCGCGCCCAGCAGUGCGCAGAGUUCAACGGCAAACGGUUCCGAGGAUGGUUCUACAAGUGGAAGCCUUACACCCACGUGGAAGAUCAGGACUUCUGCAAACUCUACUGUAUCGCAGAAGGAUUUGAUUUCUUCUUUUCUUUGUCAAAUAAAGUCACAGAUGGGACUCCAUGCUCGGAGGAUAGCCGUAAUGUUUGUAUAGAUGGGAUAUGUGAGAGAGUGGGGUGUGACAACAUCCUGGGGUCCGACGCUACGGAGGAUGCCUGUGGCAUCUGCCAAGGCAACAACUCCAGCUGCACAACGCACAAGGGCCUUUACGCCAAGCAGCACCGGGCCAACCAGUAUUACCAGAUGGUCACCAUCCCCUCUGGAGCCCGGAGCAUCCACAUCUAUGAAACGAACGUAUCUACCUCCUACAUUUCCGUGCGAAAUGCACUAAAAAAGUACUACCUGAAUGGACACUGGACGGUGGACUGGCCUGGCCGGUACAAGUUUUCAGGAACCACCUUUGACUACAGACGUUCCUACAAGGAGCCUGAGAGCUUAGCCUCUCCUGGGCCAACCAACGAAACGCUGAUUGUGGAGCUUCUGUUUCAGGGAAGGAACCCAGGCAUUGCCUGGGAAUACUCCAUGCUGAGGUUGGGGGUUGAGAAAAAGCCUGGAGCCCAGCCCAGCUACACAUGGGCAACCAUCCGCUCUGAGUGCUCCGUAUCCUGUGGAGGAGGGCAGACAACCACGAGAGCAGGCUGCUACAGAGACCUGCGGGUCCCGGUGAACGCCUCCUUCUGCAGCCCCGACGCCCGGCCGGCCACAGGGGUCGUGCCCUGCAAGGUGUCUGCCUGUCCGCCCAGCUGGUCGGUGGGGAACUGGAGCGCCUGCAGCCGCACGUGCGGAGGGGGCACGCAAAGCCGGGCGGUCCAGUGCACGCGGCGCACGCACUACAGAUCGGAGCGGGUCUCGGCCAGCCUGUGUCCACAGCCCGUCCCCUCCAGCCGACAAGCCUGCCAGCCUCAGAGCUGCCCUCCGGCAUGGAGCACCGGGCCCUGGGCAGAGUGCUCACGAACCUGCGGGAAGGGCUGGCGGAAGAGGUCCGUGGCCUGUAAGAGCACCAACCCCUCGGCCAGGGCGCAGCUGCUGCCGGAUGCCGUCUGUACCGCAGAACCCAAGCCCAGGACUCACGAGGCCUGUCUGCUCAGGCGCUGCCACAAGCACAAGAAGCUGCAGUGGCUCGUGUCCGCCUGGUCCCAGUGCUCUGUUACCUGUGAAAGAGGAACCCAGAAAAGGUUCCUAAAGUGUGCUGAGAAGUACGUGUCUGGGAAGUACCGCGAGCUGGCCUCCAGGAAGUGCCUGCACCUGCCGCAGCCCCAGCUGGAGCUGCAGCGUGCCUGCGCCCGCUUUCCCUGCCCCAAGCGCCCCGCGUUCGCUGCUGCAGGACCCCCGCGGGCCGGCUGGUUUGCCUCACCCUGGUCUCAGUGCACGGCCAGCUGCGGGGGCGGCAUGCAGACACGGUCUGUGCAGUGCCUGGCGGGGGGCCGGCCAGCCGCAGGCUGCUCCUUGCUGCAGAAGCCCGCCGUCUCCCAGGCCUGCAACACCCGGUUCUGCCCCAUCGCAGAGAAGAAAGGCGCCUCCUGCGGGGACCGCUUCCACUGGUGCGCGCUGGUGCCCCAGCGCGGGGUGUGCGGCCACCGCUUCUACGGCCAGCAGUGCUGCAAGGCCUGCUCCACGUCCAGCCUGUGA